CGUGCAUUUGGUUGAGAUGCCCCCAAUGAAGAGCACAGAAUAAAAACAUGCAAGUGUUCCAUCAGUGUGCUCUGAUCUGUCCGCCUGAUCCCCAAAUUGUGCCUUCAGCCAACAAGUGUCUUUCCGGGUGGCUCGAGCACGACUCCAGCUGCUACAAGAAGGAGGUGAAGCCCAACGGUUGGCUGGGGGCCCGGCACCACUGCGUCUGGCAGGGCGGCGACCUGCUCUCCAUCACCACCUCGGCCGAGGAGGACUUUGUGAAGGGCACCAUGGGCGAGGACACCCGCUUCUGGCUGGGACUCUCCAACCAGAAAUGCGACAAGUUCUGGUGUCGCUUUGAAGGCGGGAGCCAGAAGCUGACCUGGUCCGAUGGCGAGACAAUGAAUCACGCCAACUGGGCCUCAAAUCAACUCGAAAGCGCCGACGUUGCAUCCUGCGCCUACGUCAACCAAGGGGGAAGGGGUGAGCCCGGCCAGUGGCGGACUGGCUCCUGUCUUUCCUCGUUGGCCUACAUGUGCAAACGGCCGCUGAACUGCCCGAAGUGUUCGCCCAAAAGUGGUCCUGCUGUAGUGACGACCUCCGACUGCCACGAAAACACCUUCCACUAUGGCCACUAUUGUUAUCAUUACGAGAAGACGGUUAAAACCUUUGACGAUGCCGAGAAAUUCUGUCUUGCCUGGGGAGGCCGCCUGGCUAGCGUCCACUCCAAGAAAGAGGCCCAAUUUGUGUAUGAUCACUCGCAAACCUCACAAUCUGCUUUCGUGGGACUCAAGAAGGAGGACGACGACUACGAGUGGAGUGACGGAACAACUUACAAAUGCGACGACGUCUGGUGUCGCUUUGAAGGCGGGAGCCAGAAGCUGACCUGGUCCGAUGGCGAGACAAUGAACCACACCAACUGGGCCUCAAAUCAACUCGAAAGCGCCAACGUUUCGUCCUGCGCCUACGUCAACCAAGGGGGAAGGGGUGAGCCCGGCAACUGGAGGUCUGGCUCCUGUGAUUCCUCGUUGCCCUACAUGUGCAAACGGCCGCUGAGCUGCCCGAAGGGACGGACGUGUUCCCCCAAAAGUGGUCUUGCUGUAGUGGAGACUUCCACCUGCGACACGGGCAACCUACUGUAUGGCGAUCAUUGCUACUUUUACUCGAAGCUGUACAAAGAUUGGGAGGAUGCCGAGAAGUUCUGUGUUGCCCAGAAAGGCCACCUGGCUAGCGUCCACUCAUGGCAAGAGGCUCAAUUCGUGUUUGAUCACUCGCAAAGCGUUUGGUAUUCUUGGCUGGGACUGAAGAAGAAAAGCAACAACUAUGAGUAUAGUGACGGGACAGCUUUUGACUACAAGGUCUGGCAAGAUGACACCACGGGGGACUGCGCAUUCCCAAAUUCUGUUGGGAAGAUCGGCGGCAGCCCCUGCACAACGAAGCGGCCAUUUGUCUGCAAAACAGCCAAGCGUGGAGGGCCUCGACAGCUGCCACCAUUAGCCAGCCAACAUGGCUGGACUGACAAAUGCGGCUGGUGGCUGGACGACCCCUCGGACGACUUCUGCUACCUGAUGAUCCGCCAGCCCACCAAGACCUGGCAGGAGGCGCAAGCUGACUGCAAAGCCCGCCAAGGGAACCUGCUCAGCAUCGCCGACUCGGACGAGCAGGGCUUUGUGCGCGGUAUCGCCAAGAUUCUGAUGGGUGAUGCCUCCCUGUGGUUGGGCGCCGACGCCUCCAUCAAGCGUGACGGCGACAAGUGGACUGACGGAUCCCCCUUCUCUUACCUCCGCUGGAGUGCAGGUGUCGCUGAAGGGGGGAAAUGUCUUUCCUUGCUCACUGGCAGCGGCGACUGGAAGCGCGACAAGUGCGACGAGAAGAGAGGCUACGUCUGCAAGAAAAGAGGAAAGACACAUCAGCUGCCACUACAUGACGGUAAGUUGCCUUCAACGUCUCUGUGA